GCCCGGCGGGGCCACGCGAGCCCAGGAGCCUACCGCUGAGGGCGGGGGCGUCGCGGUCCGCCCAGCCCAGCCCCCUGCGCGCUCGGUCAAGUUUGCGCGCGGUCUCCGCCGGCUCUAGGUUACCUGAGCCAGCGACCACGUCACUGCCACAUCAGCUGGGCUUUUAUAUUGCGAGGAAACAGGAAAAGCAGCCGAAGGCGUCGCGGGCGCGGGCCAAUCGCGGUUGGCAGCGGCGGGCGGCGGGCCGCGCUCGGCCGGUCUGCGGCGCGGGCCUGGCGGCCUCGGAGGCGGUGGCGGGGAAGAUGCUGCAGUCCCUGGCCGGCAGCUCGUGCGUGCGCCUGGUGGAGCGGCACCGCUCGGCCUGGUGCUUCGGCCUGCUGGUGCUCGGCUACCUGCUCUACCUGGUCUUCGGCGCCGUGGUCUUCUCCUCCGUGGAGCUGCCCUACGAGGACCUGCUGCGCCAGGAGCUGCGCAAGCUGAAGCGGCGCUUCCUGGAGGACCACGAGUGCCUGUCGGAGCCGCAGCUCGAGCAGUUCCUGGGCCGGGUGCUGGAGGCCAGCAACUACGGCGUGUCGGUGCUCAGCAACGCCUCGGGCAACUGGAACUGGGACUUCACCUCGGCGCUCUUCUUCGCCAGCACCGUGCUCUCCACCACAGGUUAUGGCCACACCGUGCCCCUAUCGGAUGGGGGCAAGGCCUUCUGCAUCAUCUACUCGGUCAUCGGCAUCCCCUUCACCCUCCUGUUCCUGACUGCCGUGGUCCAGCGCAUCACCGUGCAUGUCACCCGCAGACCAGUCCUCUACUUCCACAUCCGCUGGGGCUUCUCCAAGCAAAUGGUGGCCAUUGUCCACGCCGUUGUCCUUGGGUUUGUCACCGUGUCCUGCUUCUUCUUCAUCCCAGCUGCUGUGUUCUCAGUCUUGGAGGAUGACUGGAACUUCCUUGAAUCCUUCUAUUUUUGUUUUAUUUCCCUGAGCACCAUUGGCCUGGGGGAUUAUGUUCCUGGGGAAGGCUACAAUCAGAAAUUCAGAGAGCUCUACAAGAUCGGGAUCACGUGUUACCUGCUGCUGGGCCUCAUCGCCAUGCUGGUGGUUCUGGAGACCUUCUGUGAGCUCCACGAGCUGAAGAAGUUCCGGAAGAUGUUCUACGUGAAGAAGGACAAGGACGAAGACCAGGUGCACAUUGUGGAGCACGACCAGUUGUCCUUCUCCUCCAUCACAGACCAAGCAGCCAGCGUGAAGGAGGAGCAGAAGCAGAGCGAGCCCUUCGUGGCUGCGCAGGUGUCUGCCUUCGCAGACGGCUCUGCCAGUCACUGAGCCCGGCCUUCCUGCCUUGGGCGGCAGCAUGGGGCCAGUGCAAGGGACAGGCUCAACUGGGUCCAUUUAUACAAGAAUGUAAAAGCCGAGGUGAUGUUAUUUUGAGAAAUAUCUACUAUUUGCAUUAUUUUUAAAAGUGGAAUAAAGGAAUCCUUGACUUUGGAAGGAUGUCUAAUAUCUGGGGAAAUGGGAUCUGUACCUAGGGUUCACAUGUGACAAAAUUACCUGUACUGAUAAGAGAAGAACACCUGAAGGAGUGUGCUGAGGUAGAUGAAAAUGGAUUUUGUACUUUUACUUGGGGAUGUUGGGGUUUGCAUUCAAAUCAUUUAGCUUACGACUAAAUAGGAACAUUUAUAUUUAAAAGCAGAAAAAAUUGAAAUAGUGUUUUAUAAAUAGGUUUAUGUGUAUUUGUUUGCAUGUACCCAUUCAAAAUAGUUAUUUUUGUAGCAUCUAAGUUAAACUUACUAUUUAUAAUGGAUAGGUUACCAUUAACUAUGUACAUAUAAAGUAUAAAUAUGUUUAUAUCCUGUACAUAUGGUUUAGGUUACCAGAGCUCACUGUACUUCUUAACCCAAAACUGUAGAUAUUUUUCUUUUGAUUUCUCUUUAUACUAAGGAAUCCAGAAUUGCUACAAUAAGAAGGGGAAUAAUAAAUUUAAGAGUAAAUAACUAUAAUAUUCCAUUACAAUAAAUAUUUCUAUCUUCUUGGAAUAGUAUGAUGUCAGAUGUCUAAAAUAUCUGUAAACUUUUUGGAAGGGGACAAACAAGAAAUAGCAGGAUUUGAAAAAAUGUUGAGAUAUUUUGUUUAGAAGGUACAUUGUGAUUUACACCUACCUGGCACUAAAGCACAGAACUUGAACAUAAAAGCCCCUAAUGAACAGACUGUGUUUCAUUCAUCUAAAAAUCCUAAAUUAGAAGCUAAAGUAAAUAAAAAUCAUGGUUGGUUGCAA